UAAAUCUGUAACAAGACCACUACCUCCCAAAUCAGACUUCAUGGGAAAUGCUUUGAAGAUAGUGAAUUCAUCAAGAACCAUGAUCAGGAACUCCAAAAUCGUAGCAGAAGUUGAUGAGAAGAAGAAGCAGACAGAUAACGACAGAUGGAAGGGGCUAGUGCACGAUGUAUCCGACGAUCAACAAGACAUCACGAGGGGAAAAGGAUUGGUUGAUUCCUUAUUCCAAGCACCGAUAGGAAGUGGAACACAUCAUGCAGUCAUGAGUUCAUUCGAGUACAUAAGCCAUGGUCUUCGCCAGUAUAAGUUUGACAAUACCAUGGAUGGUUUGUAUAUAGCCCCUGCAUUCAUGAAGAAACUUGUUAUCCAGAUUACCAAGAACUUUGUCACUUUGCCCAAUAUCAAGGUCCCUCUUAUUUUGGGUAUAUGGGGAGGAAAGGGCCAAGGCAAAUCAUUCCAAUGUGAGCUUGUCUUUGCUAAAAUGGGAAUCAACCCAAUUGUGAUGAGUGCGGGAGAGUUAGAAAGUGGGAAUGCAGGAGAACCAGCAAAGCUAAUAAGGCAAAGGUACAGAGAGGCAUCAGAAAUAAUAAGAAAAGGGAAAAUGUGCGUUCUAUUCAUCAACGAUCUAGAUGCCGGUGCCGGAAGAAUGGGUGGUACAACCCAAUACACUGUAAACAACCAGAUGGUAAACGCUACACUCAUGAACAUAGCCGAUAACCCAACAAAUGUUCAGCUUCCAGGAAUGUACAAUAAACAGGACAAUCCUCGAGUACCCAUAAUCGUCACAGGAAACGACUUCUCCACUCUCUACGCUCCCCUCAUUCGCGACGGUCGGAUGGAGAAGUUUUACUGGUCUCCUACUAGAGACGACAUGAUUGGUAUUUGUAAUGGUAUCUUCAUCACUGAUAAUAUCUCCAAAGAUGAUAUUGCUAAACUUGUCGAUUCAUUUCCGGGUCAAUCAAUUGAUUUCUUUGGUGCGGUGAGGGCAAGAGUGUAUGAUGAUGAAUUGAUGAAAUGGGUAUUUAGUAUUGGUGUGGAGAAUGUCGGGAAGAGGCUUGUGAAUUCAAGGGAAGAUCCACCGAUGUUUGAUCCGCCGGAGAUGACGAUGGAAAAGUUGAUGGAGUACGGACAAAUGCUUGUUAAGGAACAGGAAAACGUGAAGAGAGUUCAAUUAUCAGAUAAGUACCUUAAAGAAUCUGCCCUUGGAGAUGCUAAUGAUGAUGCUAUCAAGCAAGGAACUUUUUAUGGUUAGGAUUUGAAUUUAAUGAAGUACCCAUUUAGCUAGGAUUG